UGCUCAUGCCCCUGUGAGUCAGACAAUAACACAUACCUUGAAACUUUCUGAAACGUAAUCGUACGUGGAUACGUAAAUGAAUUUACGCAGGAUUAUAUAUUGACUUGUUGUAGCUCCACGUGUUAACGACCAAUUCCUGAUAUCAAGGCUGUAUAAGAGGUUAACCACCGUCUGUCAGCUAUGGCUGAAGAAAUGGUGCAGAAACUGCUGGAUGGGCAAGCACUAGAUACAGAAGAGUUUUGUGAUUUUUCCCUUGAAGACCAAAAUGAAGCAACAGCCGCAAAGGGCGUCGCUCCAUCAUCACCCUCUACAUUUACCCCUGAAUUAAAGAAGAACAUCUGCUAUGUCGUAGCUGCGGCCAUUGUCAACGAUAAAGGAGAGGUGCUGAUGAUUCAGGAAGCCAAAAGCUCGUGCGCCGGCCAGUGGUACCUGCCGGCCGGCCGGAUGGAGGCCGGAGAGACGAUCGCCGAGGCGGCGCGUCGCGAGGUGCUCGAGGAGACGGGUCUGGAGCUGGAGCCGACCACCCUGCUGAUGGUGGAGACGGCCGGCGGCGCCUGGUACCGCUUCGUCGUCACCGGCACCGUCACAGGCGGUCGGCUGAAGACGCCGGCCGACGCCGACCCGGAGUCGCUGCAGGCCCAGUGGGUGGCCGACCUGAGCGCCUACGAACUGCGCGCCAGGGACAUCGAGCCGCUGGUGGAGCUGGCGCGCGCGUACCAUGCGCGCGGCGCGGCCGCCUGGCACCCGGAGCGGCUGCCGGCGGCGCGAGCCCACCGCCGCCUCCUGCUCCGGCUGGUCGUCUGCGUCCGAAAACGCGCCAAUAACCGGGUCAGUGUUCUGAUGUCGGAGAAGACGUCUCUACACCUGCCCACAUGCGAAAUAUCGCCGCCCCGCAGCAUCCACUCAACGCUCAAAAGUAUAGAGAUGUUCGGAGCCGACCUGCCGCCGCACCGGCCGGCCGGCGUGCUCUCGGUCGAGUACAGCCACCAGCCCGACCAGCCGGCCGGCCUCUGCCUCACGCUGCUCGUGCCCGUCCGAAAACCGCUGGAGGAGGUGCACCUGAUCGACAAGUACCAGUGGUGCGAGCUGAACCGCGAGCUGGGUCACGCGCUGCUCGACCGGCUCGGCAAAAAUCAGCUGGUGUCGCUGAACGUCAUCAGGUAAGGCGCGGCGGCCGGACGGCGGCGGUGGCGGCCGACCACCCGCACUGCCGGCCGGUGUCGGGCACCUGCACGGCCGAAUGCACCGACUGGUGCGUGACAGCCGCCGCUUCAACGGAGACUGCCGGACGUCGGGGAUUGAGAGAUGCAUGCUGCUGUGGUGGUUGUCUUCCAGCCUGGAGCACAGAGCACCGCUGCCGGCCCGGGGUCGGAGGUGGCGACGCCCCCGGCCCCGCGGCCAAUCACCGGGCGCCCGCCGGUGGCUCAGGCCAGCCACCGAUCGGCGGGCAGUGCAACAGACUGGUGGUAGCUCUGGCAAACACGGGCCGACGCAAUGGUAUUCCCAGGUGUACAACGACUUGCGAGCUUGCUUUGGCUUUAUUUACGAAGGGACGAGGUUUGAGAUACUGAAGUAGGGAAUUUAAGGAUAUUCCGACCAGGCAUACCUAGUUAAAUUAUUUGUUUUAGCAAAUGAAAUAGAACAUUUUGAAGCUGUAUAUUUUAAAAAUGUCAACGUUGCCAGUAACGUUAAUCGUUUACGUGUAUGUGAACCGUGACCAAUUUGUGCGUUCCCUGCGGGCCAAAUGGCAUGACUGAUGGAAACUGGCUUUAGGUGGUAGCUGCUACUCUUCUUUAUCAGACAUAAGAAAAGAUAUAUUCGUGUGUUACAGUUACCACAUACAUAUAUCUAUUUGGUGGAUGAUUAUUUGCACUGCUGCUGGCAUCAGCUCGCUUCGUCUUUGUAUAUUCGUUAGCCGACGGGUUUCAGUGGUAGCCGACCCCGUCUGUCUGCCUUACAUGCCAGUAGGUUUUAGUGUCUGGAUUGUCUGCCUGCUCAGUCGCUAUGCACUCCGAUGGGGGUUCAUGCCCCCCCAAGUGGCGGCCUGCACAGUGCCCACUUGUGUUGUGUCCUGCCAGUAGAGUACUGUGUCGUCGGCAGACUGUCCCGUCCGUGUAUAUUUGUUUGUCUGGCGGUGAUGUUAGUUUCCGAGUCUAGGCCGUCUGUUCGGUCCCUAUUCGCACCAUGUCUGCCGAUGGGUUUCAGCGCCAGGGCCAGCGAGUCGAUGGCGUGAUGCUGGAUCGGUCUCCAGCUCCGCGGUCGCCGUUCGUUCGUGGCCGGUAUGGGAUUCUGCCGCCGCUGCUCUCAGUGUACUCCCAGCACCGCUCACCAGUGGUGACGGCUGUACUGUCCACCCCCGCUGCCCGCGAGUGUCCUGCUACCCCCGCGCCGCUGCGGUUAUGUUGUUACGUUUCCGUCCAUCUGCUGUGCUGCGCCCUUCGGCCUUAUGUAUAUGACUGUAAAGUGUGUAUUUCUGUGUGUACGGACCCGUGCCUUCUGCAGCGUGCGCUGGACGCUGGCCCGUCGCGUGGCGCCCGCAGCGCCAGACGGUCCGUCGCCGCUCGCUCUUUGGUGGUAGGUGUCGCUACUAAUUGGAUGGCGAGCCGGUGGUCGGCCGACUUCGCCUCGCUCAAGUCGCUAAUAUAUUUUUACUUUCUAUA